GUUUUGCAAGAUGUGUCCUUCCUCAAGUUCCCCAGCUCUAAAAUAUCUACUGCUUUUUCUCUGCCGAGGACAAAAAAAAGAUAACGGAAUUAUGAGGCAAGAUAAUCUGGAAGUUUGAGAAGUGAAAUCGUAUAAAUUGGAAAACGGUUUGCGUCUUUCGUUUUGUUUAAAAUGGUAUAUUUGUGUUGUAAGCAUAUGUUCGAAUAAAAAAAGAAAAAAGUGGCGCCCAUGGGAGUUUAUUUCUCAGUGGUCAAAAUGGCCUCCCUUACAGACUCCCCUCUCUGCUAUUCAAAAUCCCCACUUUUGCUCUCGUUAGAAUUAAAAUACUGUCUUACCAAACAUAGAUAACCAUUUAGGAGCUGGCAUGCUAUACAAAACAAAACAAGAGCAGCGGAAAGAAAAAAAAAUCCCAUUAGCUCGCAUCACAGUUUUCGCAACGCGUUAGCCACCAGGCAACUAGACGGAACAAGCCAGUCUCUUCGAGUGGGUGACUGGAGCAUUAAACUGAAGUUUGGCAGCACGGCAAGAAGGUUAAAUGCCCUUCCAUGCAAUCUGUGGCAAAUGCACAAUAACCCAGUUUCAGGGAAGCGUUUUUGUUCGGCCUUAGAAAUGUUUUAGGGGGUGGGGGGACAAGCGCCUGUAUAACGUGAGCACAACCAAAAAACACUGUUAUUGCAACCUGCCGGACACAGCUUCGACCGAUCUAGGACACCGAGAUCAGAGAUUGCAGGGAUUAGUUCUGUUUGGACUCCGGCGUGGAGGAAAGGUGGACAUCAUAUUUGCUGGAUCUCCAUCUGCCACUUUCCUGCUUCGUGCGUUGAUCUACCUAAAGCCAUCAGCACAAAUGCCAGCCGCCGUGUUGGCGAUUCAUCUUCGGUGGAUUGUUCUGAUGUACGAAGACAUACGGAUACUGUAACAAAAUAAGGUCUCUUUCAAAGAGAUCGAGGUGGGGAGAAGGAAUGGACGAGCAGAAGUCUAACUGCGAAGAGAAUGAUUCUGAAGCGGCAGCGGACGACAACGUCUCUCCAAAGGGCAGCGUCCUCCCUGCGGAGGAGUACCAUGCCCCCUCACCUAGGGAGGAAACUCGAGGGGCAUCAGAGGGCACGUCUCACGUGCCUAGUGAGGCCGCUCGAACAUGUGCACUCUGCGGCUGUGCCGAGCGCAGUCUGCACGGGCAGCGAGAGCUCCGACGUUUCAGUGCCGCCCCUGGUCAGCUGCCUCUGGAGGCCCAGGGCGCCUAUACCCCAGAGCCGGGCACUGACGACCUGUCCUCCAUGGGCUUUCCUGACGGCACGCUUGCUGCCUCGCUCUUCGAUAGUGCAGGGCACUGCUGGGUCCACCACUGGUGCGCGAUGUGGUCGGACGGAGUGAGAGCAGCAGACGGCGAGGAGCUGGAGGGUGUGGAGAAGGCCAUCAUCUCAGGGAUAGAACAGCGAUGUGAAUACUGUAAUAGGCUGGGUGCUACCAUUCGGUGCCAGGCGGGGGGCUGCUCACGCUUUUACCACUUCCCCUGCUCGGCGGCCAGUGGGUCAUUUCAGUCCAUGAAGCUACUGGCCCUCUUGUGCGUGGACCACAUAGACCUGGCCACGGAGAUAGCAGGCGAGGAGGCACGUUGUGCAGUGUGUGACUCGGCGGGGGAGCUGCCUGGCCUGCUGUUCUGCACGGGCUGCGGGCAGCACUACCAUGCCGGCUGCCUGGAAAUCAGCGCCACCCCGCUGCAGCGCUCUGGCUGGCAGUGCCCUGAGUGCAAGGUCUGCCAGACCUGCAGGCAGCCCGGGGAAGACUCCAUGAUGCUUGUGUGUGAGGCCUGUGAUAAGGGCUACCACACAUUCUGCUUGCAGCCGGCCAUGGACUCCCUACCCUCUGACCCCUGGAAGUGCAGGCGCUGCCGGAUCUGCAGUGUUUGUGGGGCGCGAGGUUUGUCCCUGCCAUGUUCCACGCAGUGGUUUGAGAACUACACGGUGUGUGACAGCUGCCAGCCGCCGCUCGCCGUAGCCGAGUGUGCGGUCUGUGGCCGGCAGGCUGGUCCCUCCGCUGUCCUGCAUCGCUGCUCCGUGUGCCACAGGAUGGUGCACCUUGGAUGUGCUUCUCCGUCGGAUUCUCCGGAAGAUAAAUACACCUGUUCCCUGUGCCGAGAGCCUCCGCUGCCGCCGGCACAGGAGGUCGUCGUCACGCCGACGUCGCCAGCUGGUCAGACGGCCCCCGAGGCGGAGACCCCGUCAGAGGCCCGGGACAGCGCUGCACCACCAGCGCAGGAGGGGACGGAAACGGGAGUCUCAGCAGAGCCUGAAACCCCGAUGGAGGAAGAAUCACCCCUGGAGACGCCGGGAGGGUCUGCGGAGCAGCUUCCUGUCUUGGCCGCGGCCGCAGAAGAAACCACAGGCGAUGAGCCAUCUGAAGCUGUAGCCCAGCCUCCCCAGGACAACAUGGACCCCCAAACACUGGGUGUGGCAGAUGAGGAAAUGGACAGUGGAGAGCAGGAGAAAGAGACCCAGGUUCAGGCAUCUAGUGUGUCUGCACAAGAGGAGGAAGAAAGCAGCUUUGAGGGUGUGUGCACCAGUCAGGCUUCCCCUCUAGCCGCACGGUGUCCUGUGAGCCCGCCCAGAGAAACCCAGGAGGCGGAGCCUGUUACUGUGGUCAGAGAGAAGUGUGAGUCUACGGAGCCGACUGAAGUAGAACCAAGGACUAAUCCCUUGACACCUCAGGUAGAAGCCCCUUCUGCAGACAUGGACACUCGGGCUAAUCAGGUGGAAGAAGAUGAGGAAGAAGAAGAAGAGGAGGAGGUGGAAGAGCUGGGUGGUACCAAGCAAGACUUUCAGGAUGAGCUCAAGAUCAAGCAAGAGCAGGAGCUUCUGGAAAUUGGUGCCAAGCAAGACCUCCUCCUGGAUGAGAUGUCCAACAUGAGUCAUGGAGAUGGCAGCAGCAGCGGCUUCCUGGGCUCCCCUGAGGAGGCCGAGCUGCAGACACACUCCGCAGAGCUGAGUCUGGUGCCAGCAGGCAGGCCGCGCUCCGAUUCGCUGCUCACAGAGACCGACGACUCUCUGCCCUUUGACCCCUUGAAACCUGAUGGGGACAAGAUCAAGAGGAGAGGCUCUCCUGGUCGCUCACGGGUGAAGCAGGGCCGGAGCAGUAGUUUUCCAGGGAAACGGCGCCCCCGUGGGGGCGGUAGCGGAAGGGGUCGUGGCAGGUCUCGCCUCAAAGCCAUGGCAUCCUGCAUUGAUGCCUUCCUGCUGAGUAUGACUGCAGACACUGCACUUGGCAAAGAUGAAGAGGAGGAGGAAGAUGACACGAUGCAGAACACCGUGGUGCUCUUUUCCAGCACGGACAAGUUCGUCCUGCUGCAGGACAUGUGCGUCGUAUGUGGCAGCUUUGGCCGUGGAGCGGAAGGGCAGCUACUGGCCUGUGCCCAGUGCGCCCAGUGUUACCACCCCUACUGUGUGAACAGCAAGAUCACCAAGAUGAUGCUGUAUAAGGGCUGGCGCUGCCUGGAGUGCAUCGUGUGCGAGGUGUGCGGCAAGGCCUCGGACCCUGCCCGGCUGCUGCUGUGCGACGACUGUGACAUCAGCUACCAUACCUACUGCCUGGACCCCCCCCUGCAGACCGUGCCCAAGGGCGGCUGGAAGUGCAAGUGGUGUGUGUAUUGCAUGCAGUGUGGGGCUCGCUCUCCUGGCUUCCACUGCGAGUGGCAGAACAACUACACACACUGUGGGCCCUGUGCCAGCCUGGUCACAUGCCCUGUGUGCCGUGAGAACUUCAUGGAAGAGGAGCUGUUGCUGCAGUGCCAGCACUGCGAUCGAUGGGUCCACGCGGUCUGUGAGGGCCUCUACACCGAAGACGAGGUGGAGCAGGCAUCUGAUGAAGGUUUUGCCUGCUCUGCUUGCUCUCCUUUUGUGCCCAAGCCUGUUGUAGUGGAAACACCCAUAGUCCCUGCAGUGAAAAUAAAAGAACCAGAACCGCAGAUCUACCGGCUGGAGGGCGUGUGGCUGACGGAGGCAGGCAUGUCAGUGCUGCGCAGCAUCUCCAUGUCCCCGCUGCAGAAGAGGAGGCAGCGGCGCUCCCGCUCGGGCCCAUUUGGGCUGGAGGCUGGCGAGGGGGAGCAGGAAGAGGCCCGAGGUGGAGGGGAGCCCAUGGAGUGUGGACCCAAACCAGAGGCCCCUGGGAGCCCUGAGCGGGAGGGGGGUCCUGACCGGGACCUGGGACCUGAAGACGGCAUAGAGGCUGCUGGUGACGGAGAUGGGAUGAAGGGCGUGGCAGAGGAGGCUGAUGAUGGGAAGAAGAGGAAGAGGAAGCCCUACAGACCAGGUAUUGGUGGAUUUAUGGUGAGGCAGAGAAAGUGUAACUUCAGGGCAAAGAAGGGGCUGAUCCAGCCGCCGGUGGACGUGAUGGUGGCCGAAGGGCAGCCCCCCGAGAGAACUGCAGAGGAAGCGUCCCACCCGGACACCCCUGUGGAGGUUCCACCUGAGGCGAAAGCGGCCGAGAUAGAAGGGGAUCAAGCCAAGAAGCGCAGAGGCAGGAAGAAGAGCAAGCUGGAAGACAUGUUCCCAGUGUACCUCCAGGAGGCUUUCUUUGGGAAGACUCUCUUGGAUCUCAGUAAGAAAGCUCUGCAGCUUCCUCCUGGGCAGAAACAGACUCAGCCUGCCGUCCGUCUCCCCCGUCCUGCGGCAUCUGCUACCGUAGAGCCGGGCGCUCAGGUUGUGGCCCCUGACUCAGAAGAAACCAAAGAGGACUGUGACCCACUACUGAAAAAGGAGAACGGCUGCAGUGUGGAGGCUCUGGCAGCGGGAGCAGGAGCAGCUGGGCCGUCUCCCUUUCCCAAAGACCAGACUGCCAGUGACUCCCAAGCCCCCGGUGCAGUCAAGCCUGAAGGGCUUCCUCAGGGUGUAGAGAGCCAAGAUACUGAGCAGUUCUUCCGGAAGGUGCUGGGUGUGACUGAGUGCGCCUCUGUAGGUGGGACCUUGCAGGGUGACGUCGCAUCCAUCAUGGAGCCCGUGAAGGUGGAGCUCAGCCGCAGUGGGCUGCCACAGAGGGGCCUCCCUCCAGGUGCUUCUCUGCCAGGGUCGCUGCCAUCUGCGGGAGUAAUGGAGACCUUCCCCCCUCUCUCCCAGUCCUCGUACUUUGAUGUCCGAGACCGGGGAGAAUUGUUCAGCCCAGACCAGGGAGAUGAGAGUCCCUGGGCAGCCCCCUCCACACCAGCCACACCUCCGACCCCCACCGAACCGGAAGGCGAUGGCCUCUCCUACAACCAGCGCAGCCUCCAACGCUGGGAGAAGGACGAGGAGCUGGGGGAGCUGUCCACCAUUUCCCCCGUGCUCUACGCCAACAUCAACUUCCCCCACCUGAAGCAGGACUACCCAGACUGGACAAACCGUUGCAAACAGAUCAUGAAGAUCUGGAGGAAAGUGCUGGCUGCUGACAAGGUUCCCUUUUUGCAAAAGGCCAAAGACAACAGAGCUGCUCAGCGAAUUAACAAGGCGCAGAAGGCUGAGGUUCAGGUUGCCCGUCCCGUGAAGACUGAGGCUGGUCGCCCCAAAGAUCGGCCCCACCUCCACCUCCAGAUCCCUCCCCCAUCAGGAUUCCUCUCCACUCCCUCCCAGCCUAGCUCGGCUGAGAUGCCGUACCCCAUCCCCUCAGACUCGGGGACAUCUGCAGCCCUCUACCCAGAAGGAGCGUUCAAAGUGGAAGAUCUGCAUACAGACUCCUUGGCUAAGCUACCCCCACCAUCCCCUUGUUCUCACUCUCAGCCCUCCACACCGUACUCCCAGCCUGCCUCAAACCCCUUGAUGCCCCCAUCUUCACAUGCCCAUCUUUCGAUGGGCGCACCUCAGGGCCGGCCACCCAGCUUGGGCUCCGUCGACAUGCAUCCAGGGACGCCCGGGACACCCAACAGAGUGGAUCCAUUCUGUAGACAUCAACCACAGCAGGGGCACCCGCUACAUUCUCUACAACAGGCCCCCCAGGAGGCGCUGGGUCCCCCAGAAAGCACUUUCUCUAAAGCCAGUGGCCCAGGGGACUCCCCUCUCUUAUUGCAGACUCAUUCCUCACAUUUUGGAGACCCUGUCCGGCGCCAAGAGUAUGGCUCGGCCCCAUCUCCUGCUGCGGCUUCCUCGUCUCCAGCUGGUGCGGGUCAGCACCGGCCAGACUUCUUGGGGGUGCCCUCUCCCCGCUCCUCUUCAGCAGUGCGCCAGGACCUCGGCUCUGGCUCUCCUGCAGGGAUGCUGGAGGCCGGGGACGGACUGUUCAAGGCACCCUUGACUCCCCGGAACCAUCAAGGGGAUGCAGCCGGUGUGCCGGGCUUCAUCCCACCCAGUGCCUCUCCCAAUCAAGCUUUGGAGGGGUACCGUCAGUCACCUUCCACCCCUUUUUCAGACCCUUAUGCCCAGCCUCCACUCACACCCCGACCCCCAUCAAGAGAGAACUGCCCUUGCUUGCCCUCACGGCCUCUUCCUGCCCUGCAAGACUCCUGCUCCAGAGUGCCGUCCAGCCCCCAGUCGCAGGGUAGCUCUCAGUCGCCCCUGUCCAAUGACGCGUUCUCUGUGCAGUCCCCUCGCUUCCAGUCCCCUUCCAGUCCCUACUCUCGCCCACCGUCGCGCCCACAGUCUAGGGACCCCUUUGCUUCUCUGCACAAACCACCCCGGCCUUCCUCUGCCACUCCAGAGGGCAGCCCAGCUUUCCGGGCCUCUCCCCAACUUGGUCAGCAGCUUCCCCUGCCUCCCCCCUCUCCUGCCCUGGUAGACCCUCUCUCAGGAAAGCCUGCUGGAUCCCCUUCUUUUAAUCGUAGCCCUAACAUGGCCAUGUUUCCUGGGACACAGUCCCAGGUCAGCAUGCCUUUUGGGGAAUGCCAGCCACCCCAGCCUCAGUCCCACCCCACGACUGACACAUUCCCAGCCAGAAUGUCCCUGCCUCCUGGGAUGCCUGACAGUGGGUCUCCGCGGGUGCCGGACACUGCACAUGUUCCGAACAUGGCAGGGACCCAGGAGCUGCCUGACAUCUCUGUGAGCCAGGACCCUGGGCUCAUCGGCCUUAGCCCCUCGGAGCUGGAGAAGCACAGACAGAGACAAAGGCUGAGAGAACUAUUGAAACGGCAACAAAUGCAAAGAAACUCACUCAGGCAGGAGAAGGAAGCUGCUUCUGCCAAUGGUGGCGCCUCCAGUUGGCCUGGGGGAGAAAUGGCUCACUAUCAGCAGGAUACCAGUCAGCGUGCACCACCUCCUUAUCCCCAGGACAGGCUUGGUGCUGCCCCGGGUGCAGCUCCGCUGAUGAGAACUGUUCCUCCUGCAAUCGGCUCUGUGGAUAGCAAGUUAAACUGUCCACCACCUUCUGGGACACCUACAGUGGUGGAUCCUACAACAUUCAGACCCCCAGGGCCAAGCAAUCCACAGGGUCUGUAUCCUCGCCUUCCUUUCCAUCCUCAGUGGCAGAGGCAGGCCACUGCUCUCCGGAGGUUUCCCCCACCAUCCAGUGUGGAAGCAGAGGGAUCCAGACAUCACCCCGGUGCUCCUGUGAACCAUCCCCUCAACCUACCAGCAGGAAUGCAGGCACUUGGCACCUCUCAUGCCCCAGGACCAGGCCAGGGAGGGGAGGCCCUACAAAACUGUACACCAAGAGCACCGCUACAGUUCAUAGAGCUGAGGCACAACUCUCAGAGAAUGCCUGUGGGGCCACAGUUCUCACCACGAGGACCACAACCUCGGCCACGUGUUUACAUGCCGCAGCAAGACAUGGGUGCCCCUUUCAUGCAACGUUCCCUGCCUCUGCCCACUCCAUCUCACCAGCCCCAGACAUUGCCCCCUACCCUGUCUUCCCUAGCAGAAGGUACCCAGGACCCCAGGCUGGGAAUGCAGCAAGAUAACCUGGCUUUUGUACCACCCCAGAAAAUCACACCUCAAGCUUUGAUGACGCCUCAAAAUCCCAACCCUGAGACCCAGCCUGGAACCCACCAACCAGUUCGACAGGCAAUUCCUUUAGGGGAACCAAAGGCUGCCCCUGUAGCCAUUCCUGCUAGGGCAUGCACCCUUGACAUUGCAGAACCGGACAUGGAAGAUCCCUUUGUUCCUAAAGAGCUGGCAGGGCCAGGAGAUGAAGAGGAUGACCUUCCCCCAUUAGAUCUGGAUCCCGAUAAGGGGGAUGAUGAUUUAGGCAACUUGGACAACUUGGAGACUGCCGACCCACACUUGGAUGACCUGCUGAAGUGUGAUGAGUUUGACAUUCUGGCUUAUACAGACCCAGAACUUGACCAGGGUGACCCUAAGGAUGUAUUUUCUGAUCAGUUAACCCUAGUAGAAGCAGAAAUUGAGGUCCCAGGACCUUCUUCCACUGCUGCUCCUAACAUCAAGGUUGAAGGGAAGUCAAAGCUGGGCUUGUCACAGCAGGAUCCUCGUACUGCUUCCACAUCCUCUGGUUCAGUUGCUCCAUCAAAUUCUGGGCCAUCCGCCCCCUCCUCUUGUCUAUCUGUGCGUUCAGGCCCAUCUGGGGAACCUGUAAUUAAACUUGAAGAUGCCGUUUUGGGUUCUGGGCUGACUGGCUCUCAAGCCCCAACAUGCUGCCAUCUAGCCGAGGCAGACACACGACAACCAGGACCAUCAGGGGUGGGAGAAGCAGCCUCUGUGCUUCUUCCUGAAACCACAACAACCACCAAACCUCCCAACACUCAGUCCACCAACUCUGCUUCUCUGAGCUCUGUUAGGAUAGGAGGAAUUCCAUAUUCUCUUCCUGACCAUCUGUCUUUCCCAUCAGCUCCCACAAAUACUGACCUGGAUGAAGACCCUCUUGGGCUGCCAGGUGGCAGUGGUCAGCACUCUCCUUCUGUUGAUCUGAAAGUGGAAAGCUCUCUGGAGGAGAGUGAACUCCCGCUGUUGAUUCAAGACCUUCUUGAGCAUGAGAAGAAAGAGCUUCAAAAGCAACAACAGCUCAGUUCUUUCCAGCAAGCAGGAAUGAAUACACAUAUCCAUGGCCUUCCUCCUCAGGACGCAAACCAGGGCCUUCUCAGUCAGCACCAGUGCUCACCUCCCCAAGGGCUCAUGGGUCAGGCGGGAAUGGUGCCCAGGCCACCACACAUGCUGUCUCCUCAGCAGCAAAGGAUGCUGGGAACUCAGAUGACCGCACAGUCCCACAUGGCUAUGGCUCAGCAGCAGGCCAUGAUCAGAGCUGGGCAAUCCGGAGGAAUCCUCAGAACAACCAAUCCACCACCGCCACAGCAGCCAGUGACGAAACAGGCACAAGUGCCGGACAACUUCUAUCAAGACAAAGAUCUUGAGAAGUUUGCAGCUGAUGAUAUUAUGGACCCUAUUGCCAAAGCAAAAAUGGUGGCUCUGAAGGGCAUAAAGAGAGUGAUGGCUCAAGGCAGCAUUGGCGUGCCACCUGGCAUCAACAGGCAGCAGGUUUCCCUGUUGGCUCAGAAACUAGGCACAGGACCAAGUGCUAGUGAUACCCAAGGCAGGAUGCACACAGGACUGGCAAAUGAAGGGGAGAGCAGUGACCCAAUGCAGUGUAGACCCAACCCACCUCAGUUUGUUCAGGGGAUUAUCAAUGACACAGAGCAGCACCAGUAUGAAGAAUGGCUGCUGCAUACCCAACAGCUCUUGCAGAUGCAGCUCAAAUUCUUGGAGGAGCAGAUCGGCGUGCACCGCAAGUCCCGCAAGGCGCUCUGUGCCAAGCAACGCACGGCCAAGAAGGCUGGCCGGGAGUUUGCUGAGGCCGAUGCCGAGAAGCUGAAACUGGUUACCGAACAGCAGAGCAAAAUACAGAAACAGCUGGAUCAGGUUCGCAAGCAGCAGAAGGAGCAUACCAAUCUGAUGGCGGAAUAUCGCAGCAAACAGCAGCAGCACCAACAUCAACAGGGCUCUGCACUGCUGGCCCCAAGUCCAACGACACAAGGUCCCCGUAUGCUUUCCAAGCUUCCUGGACAGAUGGUGAUGGGCCAGCAGGGGGCUCCUAUGAUGGGCCAGCAGUCUAUAUGCAUGCCAGUGAGAUCUCCAGGUCAGGCUUUCCCUAUGGGUUCUCCACCUGGGACCUCUUCAAGUUUCUUCCCCCAAGGUUCUGGAGCCCACGUGCCGGACGCAAGGCAGCUGCAGCUGCAGCAUCAACACAGAAUGCAGAUGGUCCAGAAAUUGCAACAACAGCAAGGAAUGAUGGCACAGCAGCCCAUACUGCCUCAGCAGCCAGGAAUGUUGAGUCAGCAGCAAGGGAGUUUAGUUGGACAACCACAGCAAGGCAUGAUGGGUAGUCAUCUGACCCAGCAGCAACCAGCUAUACAACCUGGGAUGAUGGGUAACCAGCAAGGUCAGACAGGCCAAAUGCAGGCCCCACAAGGCAUGAUUAUGGAGCAGGCCAUAGCACACGCACAAUCGAACAUGUUGGCAGGGCAGCAGACGGUGAUAGGAAACCAGGCACCUUUGCAGCAUAAGCAGAGUCCACAGGUUCUGAUCGGCCAGCAAGGAGCAGUGGAUCCCCAGCAGCAGGUUUUCAGAGGACCGCAAGCUUCUCUCACACCACAGCAGCAGAUGGUCCUUUCCCAGCAGCAACCAACUGCUGUUAAGAAUCCGUUACAGCUGCAUCCAGUUCAACAUCGCCAGUUUUCACAAGGCUUUUUAAACCAAAACAAUCCACAGCCAGACUUGGGAAACCAUCCUCAGCCUGCUCUGCCUCAAGUAGGCAGAUCCCCAGCAGAUCCCCAACAGCUCGGGGGACCCACCCCUCAGUCUCACCACUCUAGGGAUGGUUCACAGCUACAAGGCCCCGUUGAUGCAUUGCAGCAUCCCCAGGAAGUCCAAACCUCGGGUUCCAAACAGGCUGUGAUACUCAGUCCAAGAACACCCCCACAGCAACAGGGUGCCCCCACUCCAAUACCCAUACAGCAUCCAGGAGCUGCUGGGGAACAGCAGCAUCAGCAGACCCAUGUCUUUAUGGCUCAGCAGCAGCAAGCCCAGCAGAUAGCAAUCCCCUCUCCAUUGUCCGGAGCUGAGCAACAGCAGAGCUAUUUAAGCAACGUGCAAGCAGCCAUGUCUUCCCAAGUGCAGCAGCAGCAGCUUCCACUGCAGAGGCAAAGCUCUGUUGAAGAGAAGUUGGUCACAGUGAAGCAGGAAGGACAGUCAAUGUGUUACAUGACCCAGCAGCAGGAAUCGUUAAUUGGCCAACAACCUCGAGAAGUAAUGGGGCAACAGCAUGAAGCGAUGGGGCAGUUGCAAGGCAUGAGUCAAUCUGAUCAGGCCCAGAAAAAUGUUCUGUCUCAUCCUAGCCAGCAACAAGUUCUUCUGGCCCAGCAGCAGAAACAAGCAAUGAAUCAGAUGGGUAUGAUAAGGGGCCCGCGUGGACUAAUGGGUCAGAGACCCGGAAUGCCCCUCGCUCAGCCUCGGGCAACUGUCAAUCUCCAGGCUUUAAUUGCACAAAACCCUCAGCUACGUCACCUCCCCCCACAGCAAAUCCAAGCCAUGAUUGCCCAGCGACAACUCCAGCACAACCAGAUGCUGAGGAUGUCCGCAAACCAAGGGCAACCCCUGGGUCCAGUCCACCUUCAGGGUCAGCAGGACCGGCCCCAACAACUCCCAACACAUCUCCUUCAACAUGGAUCGCUGGGACAGCAAGGGGCUGUGGGUUCACCCCGGCAACCGGUAAUGAUGGAUCGAUUUCCAGGAAUGGCACCCCAGCUGCAACGAGGCGCCUUCGGCCCACCGCAGCAGCCUCCACCGUCUAAUAUGAUGGUCGAGUCACAGAAACAGCAUCAAAUGAAUCCGUCCCCACAACAUGGCCCCUCACACCAGCACAGUUUCGUUUCCCAGCAGCAAUCAAUGUUGCAGCAGCAGCAAAUGGCAAGGGGACAAACACCUGUGUCACUCAGUUCGAUGGGUCAGGGCCAUGUGGUUCCUCAGGUGGCCAUGUCACCUCAUCAGGCUCUAAAACAAAACUCACCUGGAGAUCCUUCUGCGCAGCUACAUUCCCAAGUCCACCCCAUGGGUAUACAUCAGCCAUCUCCAACACAGACAAUGCCAUGCAGGCUGGCUUCCAAACCACUAGCCUCGAGCCCGUUUCAGGCCUGUCCUGCUACUGUUGGCUCCCCAGCAGGCUUAAAGCAUUCUGCCUCCCCAGACUUGAGCCUGCUGUCUGCCAUCCAAAAACAAGAAUCUAAUUUGAGCACAGCUUCCAACAGCAAACCAGACAUGGGUAAACCUCCAGUGCCAGCCCAUGUUGCCUCUCCCAAAAAAUAUUCCCAGGCAUCUGGCAUGAGGGCUUUCAGUCAGGCAGCAGAGCCCAGAGACUCACCCUUGAGUGGAGCUAAUGGGUCUAAUGAUUCAGCAGGUCUGAAGCCUGACCCUCAGACCUCGGAGAAAUUAUCAAACAAUGGGACUUCGCUUAUCCAAGUUAAUGGCCCCGCUUGCCAGUCUGGAGAGAAUUCACAGCACGCAUCACCGCAGAACCAGCUGCCUCAGCAAGCCCAGGCCCGAAGUGGAGAGGCUCUAUGCCGGAUGACUCUGGAGAACAUCAAACAAGAGCCCAGAGAGAUGCAGUGUGAUACACGGGUAGGAGAAGCAGCCAGCACCGGAGGCAUAAAGCGAGAGGCGAAUGUGGAAACUCUGGCUUCUAGAGGUGUGACAGGCCUUAAUACAAUCAGUCCAGAGAACCCUGCAUUGCCCUCAGGCCCCCAUGUCCCACGGACUGAGACCGGGCAGCAGCUGCUGCAGAAGCUCCUUCGAACCAAAAACCUGCAGCUUGCGGCUCAAAGGUCCUCGGAUGACACUGCCAAUGAGAUGAACGGGCACAUUAACAGUAAACUAGCUAUGCUGGAGCAGAAACUGCAAGGGGCUCCCCCCAGCAUGGAGGAUCUGCAGUCCAUCUCCAAAAAGGCUCCUCCCCCGAAGGCGAAGCGAACCGCCAAGGCUGGCGAGCGAGUACCAAACUCUCGAAAAAAGACUAAAAAGGAGGAUGUGGGGAGAAGUGCAGAAGCCCUAAUGAAGCAGCUGAAGCAGGAGUCUCUGAAGUCCCUCCUGCCUCUGAUGGAGCCCUCCAUCACUGCCAGCCUGGAUCUGUUUGCGCCUUUUGGCAGCGGACCAGCUAGUGGCAAGGCGCAGCUGAAGGGCUCCUUUGGAAAUGCAGUCCUGGAUAAUAUCCCAGACUAUUACUCUCAGCUGCUUGCAAAGAACAACCUGAGUAACCCACCGACGCCGCCAUCCUCGCUACCCCCCACUCCACCGCCCUCUGUGCAGCACAAAAUGCUGAAUGGGGUCACUGCUGUGGAAGAACUGACAGUAUCUCGGAAGGAUGCUGAAGGCCCUGAGGAGAACCUGCGCUCUGCGGCCGAGGAGGUGAAGGGUGUGGACCUGCUGGCCGCUCUGCCCACACCCCCGCACAACCAGAACGAGGACAUCAGAAGGAUGGAGAGCGAUGAGGACAGCGACGCUUCAGAAGGCAUCGUGCCCCCCUCCUCCCCCGAGAGCGUUCUGGGCGAUGAAGCUCAGCGCUUUCCCCUUCUGAGGGAACCCAAACUGGAGGAGGAUGAGAGGGCCAUCUCCCCCAUCAUCCCACUCAUCCCCCAGACCUCAAUCCCAGUUUUUCCUGAGAAUAAGCCUCUGCAAGGACUCAGUGUAUCCCUGGAGCAUGGGGGGAAGGUCACACCUGGAGCUGGUUCUUGGGACAAAGCCAAAGGCAGGGAGGUGUCUGUCACCUUCACUGUGUCUGCUGCCGCAGCAAAGAAUCUGAGCACAGUGAUGGUGGCUGUGGCCCAGCUCCUACAAAUGCGGAUGCCUGCGUCUUACGAAGUGGCCUUUCCCCAGAGUCCAGGUCGGGCAGGGAAUGGAGAGCAAGGCAGCGCACCCGACGCAACAACCACUGCCGAGACUCCGUGCCAAAAUCCAGAAAGUGCAGACUGGCUGAAGCAGUUUGACGUCUCUCUGCCUGGCUGUACUCUGAAGAAGCCGGUGGACAUCCUGUCCCUCAUUAAACAGGAGGAUGAAGAACAAGGAGACAAGCCAGUUCAGCACUGCUAUUCGACUAAUGUGUCAGAUUUAGACGUACGCCACCUUCCCAUCUUUCCCGCGGAGGCUUCUCCACCACCUUCUCCCUCCCCUCCUCCGCCACCACCCCCUCCGCCUGGACUGCAGGACCUUGUCCGGUCUGCCUUUCCCCUCACCUCCAGCCCUUUGACCGUCAACGUCAAGAGUGAGCCAGAGCAGGACCCCAUCCUACAGCCCCUACUGUCUCUUCCAACCGAGGCUGUGACCCCGCAGGUGGGCGCCUCUCCCAUACACGACUCCUCCCCAAAGACUUGCAAGCAGCGCAGCCGUCCGCUACCAGAGGAGUGCGAGGAGGCACGGCCCAAGGAGAAAAAGUGGAAGGGGCUGCGCUGGAAGCGGCUGCAGCUGGUCAUCGCCAUCCGCAAGGGCGGCUCGCGCAAGGAGAGCAGCAGGGAGGUGUCCGAGCUCAUGGAGCGGCUGCGCAUCACGCUACGGCCUGACAAACUGCCCCGCGACAGGCGUAAAUGCUGCUUCUGCCACGAGGAGGGUGACGGCGCCACUGACGGGCCGGCACGCCUGCUCAACAUUGACGUGGACUUGUGGGUGCACCUCAACUGUGCAUUGUGGUCCACGGAGGUUUAUGAGACUCAGGGCGGGGCGCUCAUCAAUGUAGAGGUGGCACUGCGCCGGGGGCUGCGCACACGCUGCACUUGCUGCCAGAAAACAGGCGCCACCAACAGCUGCAACCGGUUACGCUGCCCCAAUGUGUACCACUUUGCCUGCGCCAUUCGCGCACGAUGCAUGUUCUUCAAGGACAAGACCAUGCUGUGCACGCAGCACAAGCUCAAGGGUCCCAGUGAAGAAGAGCUCAGCAACUUCGCCGUCUUCCGCCGUGUCUACAUCGAGCGGGACGACGUGAAGCAGAUCGCCUGCAUCCUGCAGCGCGGCGACCGUGUCCACAUGUUCCGAGUUGGUGGCCUCAUCUUCCAUUCUGUGGGUCACCUGCUGCCUUCUCAGAUGGUCGCCUUCCACUCACCCACCGCCAUCUUUCCUGUGGGCUACGAGGCCACGCGUAUCUACUGGAGCACCCGGGUGCCCAACCGGCGUUGCCGCUACCGCUGCCGCAUCGGUGAGGCAGACGGCCGGCCGCUCUUUGAGGUGCGGGUGCUGGAGCAGGGGCAGGAGGACCUGCACUUCCGGGACAGCACUCCUGAUGGGAUCUGGAGCUGUGUGGUGGAGCAGGUGGCUAAGCUGCGCCAAGAAGCUUCCAUGCUGAAACUCUUCACCGAGCACGUGAAGGGUGAGGAGAUGUACGGCCUGACGCUGCAUGCCGUGCUGCGUAUCACGGAGUCUCUCCCCGGGGUGGAAAGCUGCCAGAAUUACGUCUUCCGAUAUGGCCGGCACCCUCUGAUGGAGCUUCCCCUCAUGAUCAACCCCACGGGCUGUGCCCGUUCCGAGCCGAAGAGCUUAACCCACUGCAAGAGGCCUCACACCUUAAACAGCACCAGUAUGUCCAAGGCUUACCAGAGCACCUUCACCGGUGAGAUCAACACACCCUACAGCAAGCAGUUUGUCCACUCCAAAUCCUCGCAGUAUCGCCGGCUAAAGACAGAGUGGAAGAACAACGUGUACCUGGCCCGCUCUCGCAUCCAGGGGCUAGGGCUGUAUGCCGCCAAAGACCUGGAGAAGCACACCAUGGUCAUCGAGUAUAUCGGCACCAUCAUCCGCAACGAGGUGGCCAACCGGAGAGAGAAGGUCUACGAGGAGCAGAACCGUGGGAUCUACAUGUUUCGGAUCAACAAUGAGCAUGUCAUUGAUGCCACGCUGACUGGCGGUCCGGCCCGUUACGUCAACCACUCUUGCGCCCCCAACUGUGUGGCUGAGGUUGUGACCUUUGACAAGGAGGACAAGAUCAUCAUCAUCUCCAGCCGCAGGAUCCCCAAGGGGGAAGAGCUGACUUAUGAUUACCAGUUUGACUUUGAGGAUGAUCAGCACAAGAUUCCCUGCCAUUGUGGAGCAUGGAACUGCCGCAAGUGGAUGAACUGACAGGGGGAACGGUGGUAGAGGAUGCCGCACUCUCCUGUUUCGGGGCCAGAACAUGUACGCUUGGGCCAAAGGCUGUUGAUUUUUAGUGGUCCAGUAAAAGCAACCUGUUCAUACAUAAAUGAAAGCAAAAAUGAAAUUGACUCUACAUUCAUAACCAGGAGCCAAAGUUUGAAUGAUGGGGAAAGUCUGUUGAUUUGGGAACAAAACAAGAAAAGACAAGCAGUUCUCUGCCAAAACCGAGCAUUUUUUAUUUUUUUUUCCUUUCCUCGCGUCCUAAUUAAUCAUGUCCAGACUGCUCCAAACUUAGGUUGAUACAAGGUAGAUUCUUAAGGUUCUUUGAAGAAGUCAUUGAAAGCCAUUUCCAAGAACCGUAAGAGGCUGAUGCAUUGGGUUGCACCUAGUACCUGAAUACAAAGUUUGCUCAUUUGUGUGGAGUAACUGUUUAUACUUUGACAAGACAAUCCUGCGGUGGCUUAUUCAUUAGAACCGUGUAUCGUGGGUGGAGACAGAAGAAAGAUACUGUCCAAAUACUGUUGAUGCUGGGUCUGGUGUCAGAAGACAGCACGUGUCUGUCGUGUAGUUGAAGGUGGGUUAGUGCGACCCAUUCUACCUCAGUGAGCAUGUAGGUUGUGGCUUUGUAAAAUAUAGUACUGCUAGUGUAGGAAUGGGACUGUGGGAGUGCUCUUGAAAAAGCUUUUUCGGACAUGCAGGGAAAAUUUUAGCAGCAGGUUUGCUCCAUCUAGAUUACAAUAAUAUGACGCAAAGUAACUAUCCCAUAUCUUUGUCAUGGAUUAUGUAUGCAGAUUAAAUGUACAGUUUGGGGCAAGAUUAUGCAGUUAGGACUUAAGUCUGAAGCCUAUUAGUAGACUCUCAGCUUAACACCAGUACUUCUGGGUUUUAUAGGGUGAAAUACUUAGCGUCAGUGGGGGUGUGUGCGUGCGCGUGGAGCUAUACUCGUGCGUGUGUGUGUGUGUGUCUGUGUGUGAAUGUUUUACAUGCAAACGCACAAAAUCAAACUUUAAAUAGCUGUGGAUGGUGUGGGUUGAUGUUAGAUAUGGACAGCUGGCUCCACAUGCUGAUUCAAGCAUAUAUGGAAUAAUUAUGGAUUUUAUUUGAAGUCACAGAUUAGUAACUGGUGUUUUGGCGUGGCUACCAAACCUUCAUUGAAGGAAGAAUAUAUUUUUUACAUUUAUUUUUACGGCAUUCGAGUAACUAUGUCAGAAUGAUAAUGUGACUACUUCUGACUUAAUUUUUCCAUGUUAAUUCCAGCGUCCCUCCUGUUUGCUUCCCUUUUGUUUUCAAACUCCACACAGCACUCGGAUGCCACUGUCACCCUGUAUGACAUAGGAGUGCACGUCUGCGCAGACCUGUCGUAUACUUACUGUAGUAUGCCUUUCCCUGCCUUAUUACAGCCAGCAGAUUCAGCGUGUUGUGGGUUUACAGGAGGUACUAUCUGUCAGAGGCUUGAAGCAAGGCAGCGAAGGGCAUAAAAAGGGCAUUAGUUUUAUUUUUACUUUUUAGAGAUAAAAACUUUAAUCUUGAAAAGGGAGCUGCAUUGUGUCUUUGCAACCUUAUAUGAUUUCCCUCUCUCUCUCGUUCCUUGACUUAUGACCUCAUCUGUUAAAAAUGCGAAAGUGUACAAAUUGUGUAUAUAUAUAUAAACGGGGUGCAAAAAAUUUGAUCGCUUAAAAUCAAUAAUAGUUAAAUAAUCAUAGAUUUUAAAAAACCAACCACUGGAUAUCAGUUUAUUAAAAGGUUUAUAUAUAUAAAUAUAUAAUGGCAGACUUACUAUUGUUAUGUAUAUGAAUUCUCCUCCUCUGUUAGCAUUUCCCACCCCUUUGUGUUCAGACUUUUUGCUGCAAGCUUGCAAGCUGGCCUGUUGCAGGAGAGAAUGUACAGAAUGUGUUUUCAGCAAUGACUUGAAUGAUGCUCAUGUGUAAGGCAAGCCCUGUAGCAAAUGAGUUCUGUUUGCCAAGUUUUGGUUUCAUUUUUAACUAUUCACCUGUCGCAAAAAUUAAAAUCGGUGAAAGUAAUCGCAGCAUUUUAAUUUCGGAAGAUUGUUCACGUACUUGCUAAUCAUGCUACUAUUAGUUUCUGUCCAAAUCUGACCUGGUGUGGUUAUAUUGAGAAGCAAUGGAAGAUUUCAAAUUUGAUUCCCCAAACACUAUUGGUAUCAUCAGUGUCACUGUUAUUCUCAUUGUCGUUUAUUUUGGGAAAAGCAUGCGUGAAACUAGAUAAUCAUCCUGUUGUCAUAUUUUUAGCCGCUGAGAUCACCUACGCGUAGAUGAGGAUGAACUGUUUUCUCAGUGUUUGUGAAAUACUACUUUAGAGGGCUAGACUUUUGCACAAAAAAUGUAAUCAGGAGUUGUGAUUUAUUUUUUUUUUUUUUCCUUUUUAUUAAAUGUUUGUCUUUAGGGGGACAAGUAUGACAGAGCAUACUAAAGCCCACUUUUUUGCCUGAAAUAUUUUGACCUGUUUAUUUUGGAUCUUAAAUUCUCUGCAAACUUAAUUUAUGAAAAAUGAUUAUAUUGAAGGUUUUUUAAAGCAUUAGCUAAUUUUUAAAAACAUGCUUCUGUACAGCACAGCUCAUUUAGGGGAGAUGACUUAAGAUUAUAAUUUCUAUUGUAUGUGGCAUGUUUUGUAUGGAUAUAAUUUUGAACUGUGUAUAUAUAUUUUUGACAACAGCAGAAAUUGUAUGUUUCUCUUUCUAUACGGCUCCCCCCUUUCCAUUUCUCACUGUCUCUGCUUUAUUUCGUUCAGAAAAUAAAACUGAAAUUUAAAUAUA